AUGUCGGAUUUAUUUAAUAAUCUUUUUGGUAAAAAACCCACACUAAAGGAACAACAACGAGAAAAUGAUCGAAACCUGAGAAAGGCUACGCGAGACAUUGAGCGGGAACGGCGUAAAUUGGAAGAAGAAGAAAAGAAACUUGAACAGGAAAUUAAGAAGAAUGCAGCACAGGGAAACAAGGAUGCUUGCCGGAUUUUGGCAAAACAAUUGGUCGAAAUUCGGAAACAAAAAGCACGAACAUAUGCUGCCAACAGUAAAAUCACAUCCAUUGGCUAUCAGAACAAGAAUAUGGGUACCAAUGUGGCACUGAGCGAAGCCAUGAGUACAACCGCUCAGACAAUGUCCAAUAUGAAUAAAAUAAUGAAACCUGAGGCCAUUGCGGCCAAUGUGAGAAACUUCCAGCAGGCCAAUAUGAAAAUGGAAAUGACCGAUGAAAUGAUAAACGACACACUGGAUGAUAUGCUCAACGAAUCGGGAGAUGAGGAAGAGUCCAAUGCCAUUGUUAAUCAAGUUCUGGAUGAAAUUGGAAUUGAAAUAUCUGGCAAAAUGUCCAAUAUACCAUCGACGGGAUCUGCAGAAUUGGAAGAUCAACGUACUGAUAAAGACAUUGCUGCACAAUUGGCUAAAUUACGAUCAACAUAGACGCCC